GCAGGGGAUUGGCUGUCGGAAAGGGGGUUUCAGCUGAUUGGUCAGUGAUACACCGCUAGUCUGUGUAUAGUCCAGACGUGCUGCGAGUAUGAGGCUCAUCGCUAUCGGCUUGGAAAGGUUCUUCAGAAACAACCGAUACUUUCCAUAUGAGCUUGUGUCAUAGAGAGUUCCAAGGCUGCCGGGUUAAAUGAAUUUGCCCAGUAAUUCAAUCGCACGCAAUGCGGCUGUCUGUAGCGAAAAGCCUCAAACGCCAGAACUUUAUUACACCGCAUGACGUGCCUCACAACAUUCAUUAAGAGGCCGCGCCGAGCUGCUGAGAAAAGCUCAAGUAACGGUCCGAUAGUUCCGCGCUGCGCUUACACACCUUACAGCUUAUUGAAGCUGUCCGAGACUCACCAGUGGAAGGUGCCAAUUGGAAGGCGGGGCUGUUUUAUCUGUAGAAGAAAUGGUUAAUGAAAGGAUUGGAGUGAUGGGCGCUGUGUCUCGUCUCUCCCCCACCCUGAGCCAAAUACCCGAGGUGGAUAAAUGAAAAGUUGUAACUUCAUGGAACAAGGUGCAGAGGGUGUGGCCUUUCCACCUCUCCCCCCCCCCCACCUCUUACAUCAAUGCGCUGCCCUGACUUUCCCUGUCACAUGCACUCCGUCAAGCCACGAGCUCACUCGUCAGUGGUCAGCAUGUUGCAGUGGAAGAAAAAAAUCUUGAAAAGUGUCGGAUUCUUUUUCUGCCUGCUGAUCACAUUUACAUUUCUUCUGAAUGGGACAUCUCCUGGACUGUUUACUCAGGACCAGCAAAAGGAUUCUGGGUCUCAGAUGUUAAGUAAUCAAAAAAGGGACACUUACCAUGCCCCAGAUGGGUUCUGGGAAAUCAAAUCCAAACUUGGUCCUACAAAAGCAAUACCGAAAACAGAAUUGCAGCCAACAGAGUGGGAUAUUUACUCUACUAACUGUUCUGCCAACUGGAAUAUUACCAAAAUGGAAUGGUAUAAAUCAUUGGAACCACAUUUCCAACAGUUCAUUCUCUACCGACACUGCCGCUACUUUCCUAUGAUUAUUAACAACCAACAGAAAUGCAGCGAAGAUAUCGAACUACUAAUAGUUGUGAAGUCCAUUAUUACUCAGCAUGACCGCAGAGAAGUUAUCCGUAAAACUUGGGGUAAAGAAAAAGAGAUAGAUGGUAAAAAGGUGAGAACGCUAUUUCUAUUGGGAACUGCUGUGAGAGAAGAAGAAAGAGCCAAUUACCAGAAACUCCUAGAGUUUGAGAAUAUAAUAUAUGGUGACAUUCUACAGUGGAACUUUUUAGACUCCUUCUUUAAUCUGACCCUUAAAGAAGUACAUUUUCUCAAGUGGAUGGACAUCUACUGUAAGAAUGUGAAAUACAUCUUCAAGGGGGAUGAUGACGUUUUUGUUAGUCCUGAAAACAUCAUAGAGUAUCUUGAUGGCAAGUAUAGACCUGACCUGUUUGUAGGCGAUAUCUUGAAAAAUGCUCGCCCUAUACGUAGAAAGGACAGCAAAUAUUACAUACCCACCGCUCUAUAUGAUAAAACUUUAUACCCUCCAUAUGCAGGGGGUGGAGGCUUCCUCAUGUCUGGUUCUUUGAUCAAGAAACUGCUCAGAGCAUCUGAAACACAGGAGUUGUAUCCCAUUGAUGAUGUCUUCUUAGGGAUGUGUUUGGAAGUUAUUAAGGUCAGCCCAGUUUUGCAUGAAGGAUUUAAGACUUUUGGUAUUGUCAAAUUCAAAAACAGCAAAAUGAACAAAGACCCAUGCUUUUUUAAAAACACGCUGGUUGUACACAAACUACUUCCAGAUGAGUUGUUGCACAUGUGGAAACUUGUUCACAGUAACUUAACCUGUACACGGAAGUUCAACAUCCUUUAGUAUUGAAGUACUGGUAUUACUAAAGUGGACAAAAUUAUCACACACUGUAAUGUUUCCUCCCUGGCAGGUUUAGGGAGAAUUAUUUUUUUUUUUUUUAAUUUUAUUUUCUAAUAUAUUUUAUGGGAUCGAUUAUCUCGUUUGUCAAGGAAUUCCAAAGGGCACUGUCUGAGGUACAAGAUGAAUGGUUAAAAGAAGUAUAUGACUAAAAGAGACCUUGCUUUUAGACAUGGUAUUUCUGGUUUGCAGGGGUUGUGUGUAUGGUUCUUGAUAAUGCAUUUGGGACCACCUUUGCUAAAAGCCCCAUGUAAUAUUAACAGAGAUACUCUGAGAUGAAGUCUUCUCAUCUCAAAAGUGAGCUCCACACUGGAUGAAUCUCUGCUUUGGAACGAUGCAGCAAACCAAAGAGCCUUGGAGCACAAACGCAGGAAUCUGUGUGUUGGCAGUAGACUCUUGGUUUUGAUUUAGACAGAAGAUGACCGUGACUUGAAACCAAUAAGUUUACAAUAAUUCAAGACCUCAAAACCAAAGUUAAACCAGUCAAACCUUAUUUGAUUAUAUGACUUUAGCUUUGGUUUUUUCUGAAGCGUUGCUCAUAGAAAUUUAUUAAUUUAUAAAAAAUUAAGAUUUAAAUUAAAUAAACAGGUUAAAAAUAUGGUGUUUGAUUAAAGGGGGAAUGCUCCAGGUUAGGGUUUGUGCAGUUUUUAUUAAUUUUUUUUCUAAUAAAUUGUGAAAAAAGGUUUUCAGUUUAUAAAAGUAAAUUACAAUAAACUGCAAUUCACUGUUGGAGGUAAGAAUGUCAUACUUCUAUUCUAGCCACAAACAUGUAAUUGCGUUGAUGAAGGGAUUAUAUUUACAUAUAAUCAGGUCUUGCUGCAGAAUCUAUUGCCCUUUCCAAUAUAGGGGGAUGGUACUGCGCCACUUGGUUUGUAUAUAUUGCUGCCAUUCUUAUACUAACACUGGUAAGACCCCCAUGGGAUCUGUACCCAUGUGGAACCAAAAGCAGCAUAUAUCUGGAACCAAAUGUCUUUAUAUAUGCAUAAUAUGCACCAUAUUCAAGAAAGAAAAUUAAAGGGAUGGGAGGGUCCUGUACUUGAAAUAUGUUGUGUGUGUAUAUCCAAAUAAAGACGUGCUGCUGGCUCAGCUAAACAAUCGUUUUAUACAAAA